GGUGCGCACGCGCGACUUAACGAUUGUAUUCGACAGCUAGAAAACCAUCAUCUAAUCGUGCUUCGUAAUUUUUGAAAAUCAGUUAACCAUGUCUUUCGAUUCACAAAAAAAGAAAAAGAAAAAAGAAAUAGAAAAGCUUUUGAUGCAGGCUUUUCAAAUUGACUGCCAAACACUAAUAACUCGUUUUGAAUUGUCAUACAACAUUCAUUUUCAAAACUUUUGUGAUAUCUGGAAGGAUAUGCAUUUCACAUUGGUUUUCACCUAUCAUCCUACAGAAACGGCUUUAACGGAAUUUUGCCAAAAUGCUCUUGGUAUAGCAAAGCAAUUUCUAGUGAAUGCAUCUAGUUUAAAGGAACGUGUUGGGGCCUUGUAUCUCUUGUAUGCUGUAUAUUACAAAAUACCAGUGAAUGAGUUAAAAAUCAGGAUGACCAUAUCAGAUUGGAAACAUUUAAUGGACUUACACACAAAGAUUAAAGAAGAAGCACUCUUAGAUGCUAAUUACAUUUUGUGCAAAUUGAUUGUCAAUCGUGCAUUUGUACACUGUGUAAAUGACAAUGAGUUUGGCAUUGAGAAAUAUUUCGCUACGAAGCAGGAAAAACCCAAGUUGGAUGUUGGUAAUUUGAUGCCAGAAAUUAAAGAUCUGGCGGCGCCGGGAAAACUUUUGUCAACAAUCAACAAACUGAGCGAAGUCUAUGAAACGAAAAAACGCAUUGUGUUCGGCGCAGACGAACAGUCUGGUUUGCAGCUGUAUGAUGUUAAGACAGCGAACAAUAUUAUCAAGGAUAUUCGCAACAUGCAGUCGGACGGUAGGAUAUUUCUUAAACCUGUUGCGGGGCAAGCGAGUAGCAGUAAGGCGUUAACAUCAGGAUCGAUCGGCGAAACCAACCAGAAAGAUCACAAACGGAAGCGACUUCGCAAGGAUCAAAUUCUGGCCAAAAUAGGCCGAGCAUUCGAAGAUGGAUUACAUUCCGAAUCAGAAGACUCGUCAGAAGAGCAGGAUGAAUUGGCGGAUCUUCUGGUGGACGAGACAACACUUACUUUUUGAGAAAGGUUUAGAAAACGAUUCAAGAAUUGGUUCAAGUAUUGGGAGGAAAAAGAACGUUGCUUCAAAUACAAGCAGAGGAGAGAAAACUUAGAAAUUAAACUUUUUUAGACUUUUUUAAUUCGUAAUUUAGCGAAAUAAAGUUCCGCCAAUCUACAUUUUGUCAAGUUUUGUUUACAGUUGUGUAAAAAUAGAUUUUAUAAGGCCGAAUAAAAUGAAAGAUGUUCAAAAAAAAUAUUCAUUCAAAUCUGAAGAUGUAAGAUUUCACGAUUAAAUCAUUUCUUGAAAUAUUUCGCUUAGAGCAAUAUAUUGGACGGACAAGGUAAUUCAAAUAAAUCACUAAACUUUAGCAAUAAAUAAUUUAAGUAAAUUUCUAAGUGUGCGUGUAAAAGCACGGACACAAUGAACGGAUUCAGUAGUGCUUUCUUAAGAACUCGAAGAGAAAGUCACAAAAUUUCAAUUUUUCCAACAUUAUUUAUUCCUACACGAAUUCUUAAUAUCAGAUAAACCAUUGCUUUGAACUGAACUUUCUUGAGUUUAUACAAAUAUUGAUAAAUACUGAAUUCUUUCUUUCUGUCGUGCAAAUUUUAAAAAAGUUUAGCCCACCGUAGAAGGGAGAAGAGAUUCUCGAAUCACUUUGGAAAUUACACAAAAUCACGUACCCGUAAAAGUUUAGAAAAUCUCAAAAUAUAAUGUUCGGCCUUUAAAUGUGAAGCCGAAAUUAUGUUUCGCAUAAUUUAAUGACA